UCUAACGGAUCAAUUAUUUGAUGGAUGCAGUGAUUUGUUUGUUAGAUUUUCAGCUGAUAACGCCAGAUUCCAUUUUCUUCCUAGUGACUCAGUUUUGCUGUGGGACUACUGUUGGUUAAAAAAGACCAAGUCUUCUGGGCGACAGAGUUGGUUUGAACGGCAAAGGAAAACUCUUUACCGCACGUCGAGUAUUGUAGACCAAAUUUCAUAAGUGAAGAAAUCAACCGAGUUGAGCUGAUCGUGUUGUUAAACUGUGGAAUUUAAUAAUUUCAUUACUUGCUUUGUGAUCCUUUUUUCCCUUUUAAUGGAAAUGUGAUUUACAUAAUUAUAAAUUGGACUAUAAGAAGUGGUCGCAGAAAGUUUUAUCGUAAAAUGUGACGGAUGCACUAUUGUUUUAAUGGCGUUCCUCUCCGAUGGUGGAAGAGAAGCUGUAAAUAAAGAUGGAUAGAAUAAAAGUAUUAUUCGUGGAAUUUAAGUGGAUACUAAUUCUUGUUCUCUGUUUAGGAGUUUCAGGAAGGAAUCGAUACAAAAAGUAUAUAGAACCAAACUUUGUCAAGGAACCCAACAAUAUUACCAUACACAGAGGCCAAACAGCAGUCCUAAAGUGUACUGUGGAAAAUUUGGGACCCAAAACGGUUGUUUGGAGAAAAAAGUCGGACAGUUACGUUUUGUCGAUAGGGGACAGAAUGUACGCGGAUAUUGAGGAAAUGAGUGUGGAUGUUUUCAAAUUUCCUAAAUACGACAGAAUCCAGACUGACUUGAUAAUCAAACACACCCAGCCCAGUCACAGUGGUUUAUAUGAAUGCCAAAUAAGCUCCAAAAAGGGCUAUAAUUUUAUUGUGCAGCUAAAUGUUCUGGAUACUCAACCAGCAUAUGAACCUGCUCUAACGAUAAAUGGCACCGUGUAUGUAAGCAAGUUCUCCAAAAUUAGCCUCACCUGCAACGCCACGGGCGCAGUUAGGGCACCAGAAGACAUAGAUUGGUUCCAUAAAGGACAAAAAAUACGUCAAAACGACCCCCACUGGCGCCACCGAACCCUCAUUUAUAAAUACCAAGAGGUCCCUGGACGUUCUCUGGUCAGUAACCUAACGGUAGAACGCGCGAGAGAGGAGGAUGCCGGCACCUAUAUCUGUAGGAGUUCUGACAAGGACACAAAGAGCAUAAACGUACAUGUUCUCAAUGCCGGCAGAGAUAUUUAUAAAAGAGAAGAUGAUAAUGGAAUAGCUUCGAAACACGAUCAUCAAACACUAGAAAACUCUAGUUCUCGGUGUCGUCUGCUGUAUGUCACGAUGUUCUUGGUGACGUUAGUUCUAGUUGUCAAUAGGUGACGAAGAAGCUCUUCUGAUAGAGAACCUAUUGAUAUUUACAUAUCGGGACUUGUGCCUUACAUCACCCAAUGAUGAUAUUUGCGUUAAUUUCUGCGAUGAACGGUCGAGUUCAGAAGAUACAUUGCACGUUUUGUACAAUGGCGAUCGAUUUUAGACGCUUGGUAAUCGGGCACCUAGUGGGCAGAACGACGGAACGCUUGAUUUGUUACCGCUGGGUAAAAUUCCAGAUGCGACAAAUGCCAGACAAUGUUGGGAAGUCAAUAGUCUUCUAUCGACAUCUCCAGGUGGCUUUUACUUUAAGAAAGCUUUAAGUGGACAAAUGUUCGAACUGGAAAACAUUUACAUGCAUUUCCCAGACAUUGUACAAUAUUGUUUUGCAGCUCAUUGAAUUGAAGUUUGGCCAUUACAGGUACAUUCUACACUUUGAAAGCGCUGAAAACUUCAAAUAUGUAUGUAACGGCCAAUAAUGCUUUAAGGCGGUUUUAGUAAAAUCUGUCUAAGUUAUAUAUAUAUUUCAUGUCUCAACAUUCCACAUUUAUUGACAAAUAUUAAAUAUAAUCACAUUUUCAUGAUCCAACAGUGAAGGCAUGUGAUUCAUUUUCGCCAUUUUAAACCUAUAUGUGAUCAUUACAUUAAAUGUAACAUUGUAUUUAUGACAACCUUAUCAAUUCCAUCUUAACAUUUAACAUUUCCUCAUCUUUUAUGUUUUUGUUUCAAUUGUUUAAUUAAAUAUUAUUUAUUAAUUGAAUAUAAGUUUUCCUUUUCA